GCAAAGUUUUAGGAAAAUUCUGAAAUCCUUGAACUUGCGAGUGAUAGAUAUGGCUAUAAAAUUAUAGACAACUAAACAUAUUUUGAUAAAAGACUUAUUGAUGACUGAGAGGGUCUUAUCUAACAACUAAUACAAGUUUUCCAACGAGUGGUGUAUUAAUAGUCGAGUCGUAGACCUAAUGUUAUAAUAGUCUAUAAAAGUGUGAACCGGAGAGCAGUUGCGUCGAGACUUGAGAUUCAUUCGUAGCUCACAUUCAGCGCAUCACUCCAUCCCUACACCUCUCAGUCACCACUGAAUCACUGUUUCAGACAAACUUUGAUUGAGUCUACAAUUUAAGACAAUUUGUCACUAAUUAUCAAAUAUGUCUCGAUUUGAUUGUGUGGAGAGCGGACCCGCCAUCGAGAUCUUCGCUCUGAGCAAAGCCUUCAAAGAAGACACUUUCCCUCAGAAGGUUGACCUUGGAAUCGGUGCCUACCGGACCAAUGAAGCCAAACCAUGGGUUCUUCCCGUAGUCCGAAAGGCAGAGCUGGAGAUCGCAUCGGAUGAGAGUCUGAAUCACGAAUAUUUGGGACAAUUGGGGGACGAGUUGUUCUCCUCGUCCGCCACUAAAAUGCUUUUGGGAUCCGAUUCCAAAGCCAUCGCCGAGAAUAGGGCGUUUGGCAUACAGUGUCUCUCAGGGACGGGUGCCCUCAGGAUUGGCGCCGACUUUCUGCGUCGAAACGCUGGCUUCAAAAUAGUCUAUAUCUCUGACCCGUCGUGGCCCAAUCACAGACUACUGUUCCUUCACGCGGGCUUUCAAGAAGUGCGUACAUAUCGGUAUUGGGACGCACCUAACCGUCAGCUCCACUUCGAUGGUAUGCUCGAAGACUUGCGUAACGCACCCGAAGACUCGGUGGUUGUACUGCACGCCUGCGCUCACAACCCGACGGGAAUCGAUCCGACGGCCGAUCAGUGGAAAGCCAUCGCAGAUGUGAUGGAAGAGAAGAAAUUGUUCCCAUUCUUCGACUGCGCGUAUCAGGGAUUUGCUUCUGGAGAUCUGGACAGAGAUGCCAACAGUUUCAGGACUUUCGUCGACAGAGGAUUUGAGACGUUAUGCGCGCAGUCUUUUGCAAAGAACUUCGGUCUCUACAAUGAACGCAUCGGUAACUUAACAGUUGUGCUGAAGAACCCAUCGCCCGUUGUAAACGUGAGAUCACAGAUAACUCUAUUGGUGAGAGGGAACUACAGCAACCCUCCAGUCCAUGGGGCCCGCAUUGUAGGCAAAGUAUUAAAUGACGCCCAACUCAACCAGGAAUGGAAAAAUUGCAUAAAACUAAUGUCGGGUCGUAUCCAAGACAUGAGGAAAGUAUUGCGUGAAAACAUCGAAAAGUUAGGAACUCCUGGAAAGUGGAGUCACAUCACAGAACAGAUCGGAAUGUUCUCCUAUACGGGUCUCAAUGGUCCGCAAAUCAAGCAUUUGGUGGACAACUACCACAUCUACCUUCCAAAGGAUGGUCGCAUCAGUUUGAGUGGAAUUAACACCAAUAAUGUUGAAUACGUGGCCAAAGCCAUCAACGAUGCCGUCAAACAGUUCCCGUAA